AUGGCUUCGUUCGCGCGCCCCUCGCUGCUCCGGCAGUCACUUGCGAUCUCCCGAUCGCCUCUGCGCCAAAAUGUCGGCGUGUCGCAGGCCGUGGCCUUCCACGCCUCUGCCCGGAAGCAGAUCCUGCCCCCGUUGCCUCAGCGCAUUGACGGAAACAUGAACGAUCCCGUUCCCGUUCCCUCCCCCAAGCCCACCGAGGGCAGCUACCACUGGACCUUCGAGCGUGCUGUCUGUGUCGGUUUGAUCCCUCUCAGCAUUGCCCCCUUCGCCGCCGGCUCCCUCAACCCCGUCAUGGAUGCCGUUCUCUGCACUCUCCUCGUCGCCCACUCUCACAUCGGUUUUGAGGCCGCUAUUGUCGAUUACUUCCGUCCCCAGCGUGUGCCCAAGUUCUACGCCCUUUGCCAGUGGCUUCUGCGUGCUUUCACACUGACCACCGCUGUCGGUUUGUACGAGUUUGAGACUAACGAUGUCGGUAUCACUGAGGCCCUGCGUCGCAUCUGGAACGCAUAG